GACUGAGACAAAAUUUGCAAAAUUGCAGAAAAGUAUCAUACAAAGUUGCCGAUUAUUACGAAAUCAAAAUCACUUUGAUAAAACAGAGAAAUCACACACAAAGGAGAGUAAUGGUUGCAACAGUUGCAUCAAAAGUCCCUUUCUCAGAGAUUGGUGGUUUGCUCGAAAAAAUCGAAAAGCUAUCGGCCAAAAAAGCUGUUUCUGAAACCAAGAAAAGCCUCGUCCGGGAUUUCAUCAAAUCAUGGCGAGAAUUCCAUGACAAACUUCAUGCUGACGACCCCAACACGACUGAUUCGUUCUAUGCAGCCAUGAGGCUACUUGUUCCACAACUAGAGAAAGAACGAGCGGCAUACGGUAUCAAAGAGCACACUUUAGCCAAACAUAUGAUUGAUGUUCUUGGUCUUGCAAAGGAGGGCGCUGAUGCACAGAAGUUGUUGAAUUACAAGGCUCCAAAACAUGCCAAGGGUAAUGUUGGUGACUUCGCAAGCGUGGCAUAUUUCGUACUUAAGAAUCGAUGUCCAGAGAAGGGGUCCCUAACCAUUGAAGAAGUAAAUGAGCACCUUGACUCAAUAUCCAUCAACAAUGCCAAGAAGAACAAACAGGGGGUCUUGAAAAGCAUCAUGCAUCUGUUGAAGAAUAUGUCGGCCCUCGAACAGAAGUGGUUAAUUCGUAUGAUCAUGAAGGAGCUCAAAUGUGGCAUCAGUCAGCAGACGGUCUUCGCUCUGUUCCAUGAGGAUGCUGAGGACCUUUAUAAUGUUACCAACAGCUUGGAGAAGGUUUGCCUGCAGCUCCGUGAUCCAAAUGUUCGACUCCACGAGAUUGGCAUUUCUCUCUUCCUUCCUUUCCGUCCUAUGCUUGGCGAGAGAGCUGCUCCAAAUAAAGUAGAAAAACUCAUGGAUUCAAAAGAUUUCUUCAUUGAGACGAAAUAUGACGGUGAAAGGAUGCAGCUGCAUAGAGAUGAGGGCGAAUACAAAUACUUCUCCAGAGGUGGCAAUGACUACACCGGUACAUAUGGUAAUGACAUGUACCAUGGCAACUUCACAAGCUACAUUGAUAACUGCUUCAAGCCAGGUGUCAAGUCGUGCAUUCUGGAUGGCGAGAUGAUGGGUUACAACCCAGAAACUAAAACUCUUGGUUCCAAGGGUGAAAACUUUGACAUCAAAAGCACCAAGGAAAUGGAGAACUACCAUCCAUGUUACUGUGUAUUUGACGUCCUGAUGUUGAAUGGGAAAGUCUGGUCAAAUAAACCCCUCACUGAGAGACUGGAGGCAUUGGUGGAGAUCUUCAAUCCUGUCGAGGGACGCAUAUUUCUUGCUGAGAGGAGGAAAGGGAGAACUAAUCAAGAUGUAGCAGACGCCUUGAAUGAGGCCAUCGAUGGGCGAGAGGAAGGGAUCAUGGUGAAGAGACCAGACUCCAUCUACAAGCCCAACACAAGGAAAGGUGGCUGGUUCAAGAUCAAGCCCGAGUACGUCGGAGGCCUAAUGGACGAGCUCGACGUCUGUAUCAUAGGUGGUUAUUUUGGUGUCGGUCACCGAGCUGGUAUGAUGUCACAUUUCCUGUGUGGUGUUGCCGAGGCGGCCCCUGAUGGUGAACAUCCGACUGUGUUUCAGUCAUUUUGUAAGGUGGGCUCGGGUUAUUCUAAGAAAGAGUUGUUUGAAUUUAACAGGAAACUUGCCAGCCAUUGGAAACCUUUUGACAAGAAGAACCCUCCGAGAUGUAUUGUCCUUGCCUCAGGGUUCAAGGAGAAACCGGAUGCUUACAUUCACCCAUCCAAUUCAUACAUUGUUCAGGUGAAAGCCGCUGAGAUAAUAGACAGUGAUCGGUUCAAAACAGGCUGUACCCUUCGGUUCCCACGAGUUGAGAAGAUACGGGAUGACAAACAUUGGUAUGACUCCAUGACGACGGCUGAUGUGGAGGAAUUAAAACAGAAAUCUGGUGGAAAACUUGCGAGUGGAUUUGCUCUCGCUGAUGAUGAUGAGGGUCCAUCGAAGAAGAAGCGGAGGAUUGUCCAGAGAAAUGAACGACCAACCGUAUCAUCGCAGUUUAGAGGGGUCGAUACUACGGCUAUCAAAAAGACAUCUGAAGUGUUUCAAGAUCUUGAGUUCUGCAUCAUGAACGGUACCGCCGAGUUCUCUAAAGCCCACCUGGAGCAGAAGGUUGUUGAGUUUGGUGGGCAGAUCGUACAGAAUGCUGACGAACAGAGCACCUUGUGUGUGGUGGCGGAUAAGAUCAUCCUCAAAGUCAGGAACUAUAUCAAGAAAGACUGUUAUGAUGUGGUGAAAGCGACUUGGUUGGCGAGGUGUAUUGAAGCAAAGAGAUUUAUACCAUGGGUACCAUCUGACAUGCACCACACAAGCCCCAAAACAACCAGGAAGUUUGCCUUCGACUAUGAUGCCUAUGGAGACAGCUAUUAUGAAGAUACGUCUGUACAGCAACUCAAGAGAGUCUUUCAGAAGGUCGAAGCUGAGGGUGCUGCCAAGCCAGUCUCCCAGGAAGAAAUAGCUGAAUUUGAAUCUGUCUACUUCCCUGAUGACUCUCCUUAUGGACUAUUCAGGACAUGCCGAUUCUAUAUGGAUAACAAGUUGGCAGUAGAUGAUGUGGAUUCUGUGAUACCGGACUGCAGCCUUGAACUGACAGCACUGGAUAUACGAUUUCAUGGUGGGACGGUCGUGGAUAAACUUGACAAGAAAGUUUCACAUCUUGUAGUACAUUCCAGUGAUUUGUCAAGAGUGCAGGAAUUACGGAAUCUUUCAAAGAAAAGAGAGAGAAACUUUCACAUCGUUACUGAGGAUUGGGUUAAGGACUGUAUAGAAUCAGAUACAUUGAAAACUGAGCGGUAUUACGAACCACCAGCCUCAUAGACAUGAUUUCACGAGCCUCGUAGAUGCGUUUUCAUUUCUCUUCAUGGCCAUAUUUGUGUGAGAUUAGUAGAUUUUCAGCUGGAUAAAGAUGCACUUAACUGAAUUUGAAUUUGAAAAAUUGGGACCGAACAAGGCCCUGUGUAUAAUGCAUGCACCACUGCAAUGAUGAUGUGUUAGGAUGGGGCUCUCGGCAUGUUUGGUUGGUCCGUCAUUGUGGGAGAUGCAAUAAUUCUUGAUUUGUAUAUUGUAAGUGAUCCGACAUGAAUAUUAUUGGUGCUCAGGAUGUUAAACUUUAAUCAAGCAAAUUGCAACUGAUAUUAUGAUAAUGAGCACAUGAUGUAUUUGAUUGGUCACAAAUGUUAUUUUCCACACUGUUCGAAAAAUUUAUAGAUCAAACUCCCAUUCAACAUUAAUUGCUGUCCAUCAAUCCAAUCUCUGAUCAAAUUUCUUCGUGCAGGCAUCAUCAACACUAUCUUAAAAGAAUGUGCAGUGCACUUGUAUGUAUGGUGAAUGUAUGUUGUUUAUAGAUUGUAUAUGAAAAUAAAAAUUUAUUUUAGUUA